AUGAACAUGCGCUCAUAUGUCAAGUGCCCCUGGCCCGGCAGUGCAACACUUGUGCUUCGAAUGGGUUCAGGCCACAAGGCCUGCAAGGCCUGCACGGCAGAGGGUGCUUGGCCCAAUGAGACUUUGCGGCUUCUGCGCUGCGGUGGCUUUGCUGAUGGGGUCCGACACUCAAUGACUCAAAGUAGAGGGUCAAUUCUUGACGGCGUAGCAACACAGCAGUCCCAAACAUGUGACAGGGUGACGUCGAAAACUCUCUGCCCCGCCCUCUUCUUGCAGAGUUCUUGCUCAAACCGUAUUGUCAGAUGUAUGCAAGUGCACGCAAGCUCUUCGGAUCUCGAAGCAAAUUAUCACGGCUUCUCCCUCCGACCCUUCGGUCGGAAUUCAACACAUGCCAUGGUGAGACGCCAUUGGCUGGCUUUCGUACCCCUAGGCCUGCUCUGCCACCGUUUGGCCUUCACGGGCUUACGAUGGCAACCAGCGAUUCGGCCGGUCUUCAGGCGAGCUGGUCAAGGCCCAUAUCCAGAACUAUGCGUCUUUGACCUGGAUGCCUGUUUAUGGGACAAGGAGAUGUACGAGAUGGAGGCGAUACCAAAGGACAGUGAUGUUGUCCUUGGCGACCUGCGUGGACGUGGUGAAGGUGUGACUGGCGUCAUGAGCGGUGCAGAUAAAAUUUCGUUGCACAAAGGAGCAAUGAAAGCUUUGCAAGACCAUGCGGAUGGUAAAUAUCCAGGCAUGAAGAUAGCUGUGGCCAGCAGCGCAGACACCCCCUUUGCUGAGAAGGUUGGUCGCAAGGCACUUUCGCUUCUGGAGGUGUUGCCUGGCGUGACAGUCUGGCAGCUCCUCUUGCGAGAUUGGGAGGGGAAGGACGUCAACCAGAUCGGCCGCCAGCCUCCCCUGUCCUCGAACAAGGCGAGGACACACUUUCCACGAUUGAAGGAGGCCACCGGUGUGUCGUACGACAGAAUGCUUUUCUUCGAUGAUUGCCUUUGGGGCGAUCACUGCGGCAUGGUCGCGCAGGCCUGCCGCGAAACGAACGGCAGAGGGGUGGUGACAGUCAGGACCCCAAGCGGGCUUGGAGAACGUGAGUGGGACCGUGGUCUCGCGAUGUAUGCUUCUGCCGGUCGCUAA